AUGCCAAGUCCUAGGAACAGUCCAAAGAGCAUUCAUGAGAGACGGGCUUAUGGAAGUGGGCUAGAGUUCUUGUCAUUGACAAAUCAGAGAGGCCCAAUAUCCCCAGAAAAUAUGUCUCACCAUAAAGACUCUCCUACUAGUACUGGCCCUCAACAGGCUUUACCUGAAGAGGACUGUAUGAAGCUCAAUCCUUCUUUCUGGAAUAUUGCCCUGCAUUCUCUUAUGGAUGUUGAUUUGUGGGCCUCUAAACUACUGGGUGUAUGUGCUGGAGAGAAUUCCCCAUGGGGCAGUGUCCGUCCUCUCAUGAUGGUCAUAGAGGUGUCAGGACAUGGAAUUCCUUGGCUAACUGGUACAUUGUACGGGCUUUACAGAAGUGGCAACUCAGCAGGUCGUGAAGUGUUGCUCAAUCUACUUUUUGCUCUGACUCUUGAUCUAGUUUUGGUGGCAGCAGUAAAAGGACUGGUGAAACGAAGACGCCCAGUCCACAACAAGAUGGAUAUGUUUGCCACUGUCUCUGUGGACAAAUAUUCCUUUCCUUCAGGCCAUGCUACCAGAGCCGCCAUGGUGUGCAGAUUUAUAUUACAUCAUCUUGUACUUGCAAUCCCUCUGAGAGUGCUGGCUGUACUUUGGACCUUCAUAGUGGGAAUCUCUAGGAUCAUGCUUGGCAGACAUAAUGUAACAGAUGUGGUCUUUGGGCUAAUCAUGGGCUACAUGCAAUAUAAUUUGGUGGAAUAUUUCUGGUUGUCACCUGUAAAUGCUCCUGUCCUCUUUGCCUUGUGGAACUGAUAGUUCUUAAGGGAAGAGGGAUAUUUGCCUUAGUGUAAACAUGUCAUACUUCAUCUGAUCAUCAAAUUAAAUGAGUAGAGCCAAGAUUUUCAUAAUAUGUCUGAUUUAACAUAAGUUUACUCUGGAAGUCUUAUUCACAAAAAUAAGGCUUACCAGGCAGCAGACACUCUCGCGUGAUUUUAUGCAGUAUUGAGGACAUUGAUACAUAAAUCGUAUUAAAAAUUGGAUCUAUAAAUGUAGGUUGGAGCAUGCCAUUUAUAUUGUCGAAUCUUCUCACCUAUGCUACACCUUGUUUAAUCAUGAUUUGUGAGUUUAUCAACACAUAAAACAACACAAACCGAUACUUUGGGAUGACAGAACACUGGAACUGCUUUUGAUCAGAUUAUCCACUUGUGCUGUCCUCUUAUUUUUAUGGGAUUUGUGAUUAGACUAGAAAUAAUUGUGUGAAUUAGUAAAAUGAGUCUGC